GCCUCUGCGCAGGCGCAGUGGGGAACAGCUUCGAGGCUGCUGCGGCAGCUGAGGGAAACGGAGCGGGAUGGCCACCAGACCGCAGCCGUUGGGUGUGGAGCCCGAGGGAUCAGCGGAGCAGCUCUACGGGCCUGAGGGGGCUGGAGGGCAGCGUGUGACCACACAGAAAAUUGAAGGCUUAAUGGAAAUGGUGAAGAAGUUGCAGAAAGUGGGAAGUCUAGAGCCCCGGAUUGAGGUCCUGAUUAACCGCAUUAAUGAGGUUCAGCAAGCAAAAAGGAAAGCCAGUGAGGAACUUGGAGAGGCCCAGACUGUCUGGGAUAGCCUGCAGAAGGACCUGGACUCAUUACUUGAAGAGAAAGCACGUCUGAAGGAUAUCUGGAACAAAAAGCAAGAGACCCUGAAGGUUCUUCGGCUGCAGUGCCAGGAGAAGGAGAGUGAGACACAAAGGAAGCACAGCAUGCUACAUGAGUGUAAAGAGAGAAUUUCUUUCCUGAACUCUCAGAUUGACAAGGAGAAGGACAAACUAAGACAACUGAGGUUGGAAUUUGAAGAACAGCUGGAGGUUUUGAUGAGUCAGCACAAGGACCUCUUGGAAUUUCAUAAGCCUGAACAUCUGGCAAAUGAGAUAUGUGCUUUGGACAGCAGCAAGGAGCAGCUGCUCAAGGAAGAGAAACUGAUGGAGGUAAAGCUGGAGGAUGUGAAACAUCGGCUGUAUGCCCUGUGCGGGCCUGAGGGGCCUUCCACCCUCAACGAGGGGCUCUUCCUCCGAAGCCAUGAGGCAGCUACAGCAUUGCAGCUAUUCAAGGAGGAGAACAAGAAAGCUGAGGAGCUCCUAGAGGCUGCAGCUCAGCACCACCAGCAGCUGCAGCAGAGGUGCCUACAGCUGCAACAGAAACGACAGAGGCUGAAAGAAGAACUGGAAAAGCAUGGGUUACAGAUCCUUGCCCAAGUUCAGAGUAUGCAAGAUGAAGGAGACAACUCACAGAGGAUGGCCAGUCCCAAGCCCCUAGGAGUCCAUGAGGAGGAAGACCAAGAGUGCCCGCCAAGCAGGACCUGAUACCCUUCUUGACCUGGAAGACUUACCAGGUCACCAUAUGGGACCCUUUGAAA